AUGAAUCCUCUUCAUAAAAUAUAUUUAUAAGCUUUGGUUAGUCAUAAUCAACAAGAAUCUUCGUAACAAGUAAAACAAGAAGAGAAUAGUUAGAAAUAAAAUGUUCAAGUAUUUGAAAUGAAUAUAGACUUAGUAUUUACAAAAGCAGUCACUUUUAUAGAUAAUUCAACAAUGUUAAACCUAAUACUAACCAAUUUAACAAGUUUCGUAAGAUUUUUAAAUAAUCAAAAAAGCAAGCCUCCAAGUUUAAUUGAGGUUUAAAAUUAGGUUACGUCCUACUUUUAGAAAAUCAUUCUCCAGAAACAAACUAUCAAUUUGACAAAUGUAUUAGAGGUUCAAUUACCAUAUUUUAUGUUAAUCAUGAGCAACCUAAUAAUUUAUGGAUUAGAAAAUUGUUCAGCAGAUAAAGAAAUCAUUGUAGAUUUAGUGUCAUAGUAUAAAAGCAAUCCAUUAAAGAUAUCAAUGAGUUGUUCUCUAUUUUAAACAAUAGCAUUACUUUUCAGAUCUGAACUCAUUAUUUAUGAUCAAAGUUCUAGAUUAUUAUUAUAAAAGGUACAAAAUAUCUUGCCAAUUUUUUGCUUUUCAGAGAUGACUUUUGCGAUGUCUUUUUUAAUACUCUCUAUUGUUAUUAAAUAUCACAAGGCCAAACAGUAAGUCAGCAAAUAGGAUUUACUUAAAUAAAUUAGAUGAUAAAGAAACAAUAAGAAGAUGCAUGGACAGCAUUCACAUUUAAGUUACUAAGUCAAUAACAAUAAAAAUUAACAAAAGACUAGUUUUUAUUGUAAUUCAAUAGAUAUACUCAAUUAUUGAAUAAUUUUUUCACAAAAAGUAAUUUAAUAAUGGAUUUGGUUGAAUAAAGUGUUAAGCAAACAGCUAAAUUGCAUAAUGAUUAAAUAUUUUAGGAAGUAAAAUUAUAAUAUUAAUAUAACAUAGUAUUUACUCAUUAUGGGUAGUUUUAAAGCGACAACAUAAGAUUUCUUAAAGAAAGCAACUUAAGUAUUUUUUGAAGAAACAACUGAAUUAGAUUUACUACAAUUUAGUUCAAAUACCAUUAAAAUACAUAAAUAAAUGAAUUGUUAAAUUCUAUUCAUAUUACCUAUGCUUUUACAAUUAGAAAGUUAAUACUUAGAUCAUAUAAUAUAAAAUGGAUUUAUUGAAAUUCAAGUUAAGAACAGUUCAAAUUAUUAUUUAAAAAUGAUAGAAAAACUUAAAAACAAAUGUGUUUAUAAUGGUGAAGAAGAAUGCAAUUGUAAAAAGUGUUAAUGGUAGUUAUUAAAAUUAAUCUAUUUAGUAUAAGAAGAAAUAGAAAUUCAGCAAAAGAAUCUUAAAAAAAAAAGAGAGAGGCUCUAGAAAAAAUUGGUCCUUUGUAAGAUGAAUUUAAUAAAUUAUAAAAAAAGGUGAGAUAUAAUAUAAUAAUAAAUUUAGGUUAAAUUACUUGAAACUGAAAAUUAAUACAUGACAAAAUUAAUUCUAGAUGUAUUCAAACAUCCCUCUGUUGAAAAAAUUGCUUCUUAAUUUCUCGAGCCAUUAACUAAAAUAAUUGCAGAUUCUGAUUCUAUUGAAGAAUGUUGA